CCAAUACCCGAACUUUCUGUCAAAGGCAGUCAAACCCAUGGCAGAAGAGAAAGCUAAAAAUACACACCCACCCCUAUUUUGAAUCGUAGCCAGAGACUUGGAGAACGUGUUAGAACGUUCUCGUGGAAGAGAAGAAAGGGUAAUUUUAGUUCCGUGAGGAUUCAUAUAGCAUCGCAUCGCCGUCGAGUGUGCUAUUCAGUAGAGACAGAACGAGAAGUGAACCUGACUGACGUCUAUUGUUACCUGUGUCAAAGGUGAAGUCAAAUUCGCCGACGCUUAUUUCAUAUUAAAAAAGUACGAAAGAGGAUAGUUAAUUUGCCACUUAGUAGUGUUAUAAAUCAUUCAUCUAAGUAAAGAUGACUCAGACAGAUGGUUCCCCAACUCCUCAGCAGUUAAAGGAAGAAGGGAAUGAGGCAUAUAAGAAUGGCGAUUUUGAUACAGCGAUUGAAAAGUACACAGCGGCUUUAAAAAUCAGCCAAGAAGAAAAAGAUCGAUCGGUAUUAUUUAAAAACAGAGCUGCUGUUUACCUUAAAACUGAAGAAUAUUCAAGUGUUGUCAAGGACUGCAAUGAAUGCUUGGAAAUUUCUCCAAAAGAUCCAAAAGCCCUUUUCCGAAGGGCACAAGCAUACGAGGCCCUUGAUCAGAAAGAGAAAGCUUAUGCUGAUGCCAGAGCUUUACAGGGAAUAGAUCCCAAGAAUAAGGAAGUUCAAGCCAUGCUUGCUAGACUUCAUAAAGUAGUACAAGAUUUGCUUGAUAAAAAAACCAAAACAGCUGGUAAAGUUCAACAGUUAUUUGAAAUCUUGUUUGAUACAGCGGCACCUAAGGACAAGAGAGAAACAUGUGCUAACAACCUUGUAGCUCUAGCAAGAGAACGUGCAGGUGCAGAGUUGCUAAUAAGCCAAGGUGUAAUAAGUCGUAUUGUUCACAUGAUGAAAACCGAGAGAAAUCCAGAGAUUCGUGUUGCAUGUACAAGAGCCUUCUCACAGUUUUGUUCCGAAGAAGAAAGGGCAAAGUCAAUAUUAGUAGAAGUAGGUAUUCCAUGGUUGAUGGACCUUAUGAACAGCACCAACAAAGAUCAGGUCAAUGCCACUCAGUAUGUGUUCCAGACAAUACUGAAUGUCCUUGCUGGCAUGGAUGUUAAGAAAGGUGUAAAACCUAAUAAUAAACUGCUUGCAGAUAAUCAGAGGGAGAUAGAUAGUUUGCUUGUGGUGUUUACCAAAAGUGUCACUAAUGCCACCAUGUCAGGAGAGUGCCGUGAUGCUGUGAUUGAGCUCCUGCUUAAAAAUGUUGAUCAUCAGUACUUAGCAUGGGGACAUAAGUUUGUUAAAGCAGGAGGAGUUGAACAGUUGCUGCACGUGUGCUCAGAGUUGAAAGAGUUCCGUUAUGAGAGUUCAAUUGCUGUGACGGACAACACUCGAAUGACCACUGCCAUCUGUCUAGCAAAGGUUUAUGAAAACAUGUGGGAUGACAAGUAUAAGAAGGAAUUUAAUGAUAUUGUUGAUGAAUAUGUGAGGUUACGCUUACUAACUCCAGACACUGAGCAAACUAUUCGUAUAACUGUUUGUAUCACGACAUUGCUUCUUGGGUCAGUUGACUGUGGUAAUCAUCUAAUAGCCAGAGAAGGUAUAUUGGAAAUGAUGCUGGUAAUGGCCAACACUGAUGACGAACUUCAGCAAAAGGUUGCUUGUGAGGCUUUGAUUGCAGCUGCAUCAAAGAAGGACAAGUGCAGGGUAAUAGUUAGCCAGGGCAUUGGAAUUCUUAAGAAACUUUACCAGAGCAAGAAUGAUUCCGUGAAAGUCAGAGCUUUGGUUGGACUUUGCAAGUUAGGAUCUCUGGGUGGUACAGAUGCCUCCAUGAAGCCUUUUGCUGAUGGUGCAUCAAUGAAGUUAGCAGAGGCUUGCAGAAGGUUCCUCAUUAAUCCUUCUAAAGAUGUGGAUAUGAGAAGAUGGGCAUGUGAAGGCUUGGCAUACUUGACUCUUGAUGCUGAAGUCAAGGAGAAGCUCAUUUCUGACGUAGAUGCCCUUCGUUCUAUGAUUGAACUAGCAAAGUCUGGUGAUAUGAAUUGUUUAUAUGGUGUCGUAUCAACGUUUGUGAAUCUUUGCAAUGCUUAUGAUGAACAAGAAGCUAUCCCCGAGAUGGUGGAACUUGCCAAAUUUGCUAAACAGCAUGUCCCUGAGAAGAGUGACUUAGAUGAUCAAGACUUUAUCGAUAAACGUAUAAAUAUUCUGGUUGAAGAAGGUGCUGGUAGUGCUCUGACAGCUUUAAGUAAAACUGACAGUAAAAACUCCAGGGAACUUAUUGGCAGGUUAUUCAAUGCCAUGUGCCUAAUGCAAGAAAAUCGUGGACACAUUGUGCAGCAGGGUGGUGCAAAGGCCCUUUUAUCCUUGGCAACAGAUGGCACAGAAAAAGGAAAGAAAGUUGCUGCUCAGGCUUUGGCUCGCAUUGCCAUUACCAUAAAUCCCGAAGUUGCUUUCCCAGGCCAGAGGGUGUAUGAGGUUGUGAAACCAUUAAUGAGGCUGCUGGAUCCAGAUUGUUCUGCUAUAGAGAACUUUGAAGCUUUAAUGGGUCUCACAAAUAUUGCGGGGAUCUCAGAGUCUGCCAGGAAACGUAUCAUCAAAGAAAGGGGUUUGCAUAGUAUUGAACACUAUAUGUUUGAACAUCACGAUAUGAUAAGGAGAUCAGCAUUCCAGUGUAUGGCCAACAUGUGCAUGUCACCAGAAGUUAUAAAAAUAUUGGAGGGGAAGAAUGACAAAUUCAAGUAUUUGUUCCUGAGUUGCUCAGAUGAAGACGAGGAAAUUAUCAAGGCAUCUGCAGGUGCACUGUGCAUGGUAAUGCCAGAAUCACCAGCAUGUGUUACAAGAAUCUUUGAUGCAUUAGACUGGGAAAAUAUACUCAAGUUCCUGCUUUCACAUUCUGACAAGGAUAUAAUGUACCGUGGUACAAUUAUUGUGUACCUUAUUGUAGCCCAUGACAAAUAUAGUGCAGAGAAAGUUAUUGACACUCAUUGCAAGGAUGCACUGGAAGCCAUUGCAAAGAUUGAUAACCCUGAAGCUGUCCACCCUAAAGCCCGUGAGUAUGCCCAUGACACUCUCAAGCUUUGUGCAAAACAGUGGAAACUCAUUAAAGACCCAGAUGCAACUGAUGAUUAAGUAAAUGUGUUCAAAAUUCAGUGAAGUUAUUUAAUUAUUCUGCCGUUGAGCUGCGCUCACUUGUUUAUUUGUUAUGGUGGUGUUUUUAUUAUUAAUAAUAAGGAUAAGUUCAUCCAGACCUCUUGAGCUUAAUAGACUCUUCUUCUCGGGCUGGUUAUUUUAUGUUAGACAAAAUACAGUAUGUAUGUACUGGUGUAUUUUUGUUCAGUAUGUAUAUACUGGUACAUUUUUGCUCUUAAAAUUCUUCUAAUGUGUAUUGUGAUAGGCGAGUAUUUCUGCAAGGACUAUUUUUUUUUUUUUCCCUCCUACAAUACAUGUAAUUGUUUAUUCUAGUCACUGUGCUAAUAGAAUUUUUUGUAAUAUUACCAAGUAUUGUUUCUGUCAGCGGAAUACAUCUAAGCAUGCCAGGCCAUGAAUAAAGUUGCUUUAUUGCCAUUAACCAGGCCCUUACAGUUAUCUUUUAAAUUACUGAAAUUUCUUAAAACAUUUUUUUUUUUGGCAUAAAAAAUGUUAUAAGUAUUCCAAAACCAAAAUUGCAAUCCUAUUUUGUUUUAUGAAGGUUGCAAGUCUUCCUUGUUGAUAGUAUUUUUUGAUAAGCAUGAUGCAUAAUUUUGUAUUGUACAAGUAUAGUUUUGUCCAUUUUGUAUUCAGUACCUACAACCAGCUAUACUGAAUGGUUGAAACCCAUUUUUAGCCAUGUACAAAUUUCAGAAACCAUUGAAAACAACUGCAAUAAAAGUGCACUUCUAAAUUUAAAGGUUGUCCCCAUAAUCCAGUUGUGAAUACAGUAAAAUACCUAUAUUUUCAAGCUAAAGUCAGGUCUACAAAUCAUAGGAGAGACUUAUUUUCUUCAUGAAAAAAUAAAUACUUUGUAAAUGGAGUUAUCAAGCAAAAACCAUGUGCAACAUGUUACAGCAAAUCACGAGAAUACUUUAAAUAUUCAAAUUUCUCAAAGGAAUAACCUUUCUCUGUAUUAAAUGACUAAAUUCUAUUUCAGUUGAGUACUAAAGACUCAAGAAACGAUAUACCUUCAGUUAAAAUUGAAACACACCUACCAGAAACUCACUGUAGAGUGAGUAGCAAUACAACAGUUGAAACUAGAACCUUCACGUGCAGCGACAACUUAUUCUUUUAACAAGCUACUUGGCAAUUUACAUUAGAAAGUACAACACACAUGAGGGAUAUUUGAAAGCCUAGUUAAUUCAACAUAUACGGAACAAGAAAUUCACCUAAGGCUACACAAGACUAAGUGAUCCUAUUCACAGUGUGCAGUAAUAAACAUCUGUCAUGUUGAGUUUUAUCCCAGAGCUAAGUCCAAAAUACUUUAAAGUACUACAUUACCCAAGUUUAACUCUUAAUACAUUACAAAUAACCUGGUGAAUGAAUGUUUGAAACAACUAUCAAUAAUUUAUAAAACUAUGAGGUGUUACCACUGCACUUCUGUACAUUUGUUUUCAGUACAAAGAUAAAUGAACUUGAAUACUAUCCCCUUUUCCUUUUUUCAAGAUUAGUUAUGGACCUUGAAGCCACUGACAAGACACAAAUUAAAUUUCAUCUUUACAUAGUUUACCACCUCUCAAAAAUGAAAUCUUUAGUGUUGUAUUUCCAAGCAGAAAGAAAUUCUAAAAGUAUGUGUCUUAAAAAAUGUGAAUUGCCCAUACAGAUCUAUGGGAAAGACAACGUUAAUGAGAUCACGGCAAGUUCACCUAAUUCAGGGUCAACAUUUUUUUUGCACAAUUUUCCCUAGCAGUACUGGAUACAAUAGUGACUUACAAAUAUCAGUUGUUUUCAACUUCUGAAUAAUCUGAUAUUUGCUGUUACUGAUAACCUAAUGAUUCAUUUUUGCUUUUAGUAAUGGUUAUCUCAAGAGUGAAUCAUCAUUACAGAACAGAUUAUCAUGUUUAAUUUUGAAAAGCCUUCUUAUUUGCUAUGUAAAUUAUGCUGUACUUAAAACUAGUUAUGCUGUAAUUUCUGUUUAUCCAGUAUUUCCAUUUUGGUUCCAUGUUUUAAAUACAAAUAAGUCACAGCUGAAUAACUUUUGAGUACAGUUAAUGAAGAUUAUUGUUGUGAAGAAACUUGUUCUUGUGCCUUAAUGGUUAAAACACUGUUAGAUUUUGUAAUGUAAUUUUAUAAAUAAAUUAUUUAAAGGCC